GUCUUCCAUACAUAUUUUGUUCUUAGACUUCGAAUCAUAAUUGCUCUUUUGAAUCAUAUUAUUAGACAUAAAGAAAGAUAUUAGAAUAGAUCGUUCAUUUACUUUGACACACUUGAUAGAACAGCCAAACCUACAUCUCACCACAUCGUUCGUUAGCAAUCCUCGACAUCAUGCCUUUCAGAACGAAACUCACCCAGGCCUUGGGUAUCGAAUUACCUAUUGUCCAAGGUGGUAUGCAAUGGGUGGGAUAUGCGGAGUUAGCAAGCGCCGUGAGCAAUGCCGGAGGGUUGGGUAUCCUCACAGCUUUAACGCAGCCCACUCCAGAAGAUCUCCGCAAAGAGAUCCGAAGAUGUAGGGAAAUGACGAAGAAGCCAUUUGGUGUAAACAUCACACUGUUACCUUCGAUUAAUCCCCCGGAUUACGGUGCAUACGCACAAGUCACUAUUGAUGAGGGAAUUAAAGUUGUCGAGACAGCAGGAAACAGCCCAGGCCCUAUCAUAAAGAUGUUGAAGGCUGCUGGAAUAAUCGUUUUACAUAAAUGUACGACCAUCAGACAUGCAGAGAGUGCAGCGAAGCUUGGGGUUGAUUUUCUAAGCAUCGAUGGUUUCGAAUGUGCUGGGCAUGUUGGUGAAACUGAUAUCACCAACUUCAUCCUCCUUAGCAGAGCUAGACAAUCGCUAAAAGUUCCUUUCAUCGCGUCUGGUGGAUUUGCUGAUGGCGAAGGUCUUGCGGCUGCGCUUUCCUUAGGUGCUGAAGGAAUCAACAUGGGAACACGAUUCAUGUGUACCGUUGAAGCACCAAUACACGAAAAUAUCAAGAAGGAGAUUGUCAAGGCUUCUGAAGUUGAUACUCAGCUUGUUCUUCGAAGAUGGAAGAACACCUCUCGCUUGUAUAAAAACAAGGUUACUGCACAGGCAGUAAAGAUUGAGCAAGAGAGUAAGACUGGAGAGUUUGCGGAAGUUGCUCCUUAUGUAAGCGGCAAGAGAGGUAGAGAAGUCUUCACUACUGGAGACCCCGACUACGGAGUUUGGACUGCUGGCCAAGUAAUUGGUCUCAUUCACGACAUUCCCACGUGUGAGGUACUUUGCAAGAGAAUCGAGAAGGAGGCUGUGGAGACAUUGAACAAAGCUUCAGCUCUUUUCCAACCAACAAGCAAGCUCUGAUUGUAUAGUAUCUCCAUGUAUGUAUUUUAGCAUUACCAUAAUGAUUGUAUUGAUACCCUUUACAUCUGGUUUCCCUACAAUAUGCCCUGAAACUUCA